AUGCUGGUUAUUGCUGUCAAUGCUGGUGACAUGAAACAUGACAGCGUUUCAUCUCCUGGGAUCUCCGAUCAAGAGAAAGAGAUGGCAGCCAGUGCUUUUGAGGCAUUUAAGGCUGGAAGCUAUGACGAGUCCCUGAAACACCUUGACAGCCUCCAGGAGCUUAACAAAGAGGACUACAAGGUUACAAUGAAUAAAGCGAUCACUGAGUUUUAUAAAAGUGGGCAGACAACAACUAGCACCCUGAAGCAGACGUUAAUUACCUUGAAGAAUCAGAUGCAUACAGCUGUGGACGAUAUUGAUGGUUUGGAUGAUGUCGAGAACAGUAUUCUCAACUACAAUCAAGCUGUGAUCCAUUACCACAUGCGACAGUAUUCAGAAUCUAUAUGCAUCGGGGAGAAGCUCUACCAGUUUCUUGAACCUUUUGGUAUGUUUCAGAAUAGCUCGGAGCAGGAAACAAAAGGUUUACCCAGUAAAAAGGGGAUUGUGCAGGCUGUUGUUGGGCAAGGCUACCAUCGCAAGAUUGUUUUAGCAUCACAGUCCGCACAGAACACCAUCUACAGUGAGGGCCAGUCAGCAGCAAUCCCAGUGGCCAGUAUGGAGUUUGCAGCGAUCUGUCUGCGUAACGCUUUGCUCUUGCUCCCAGAGCACCAACAGCACGAUAGCAAACCUGACAACGGCUCCAAGAGCUGCA